AUGGCCACUAGACACAAAGACAAUAGCAACCGGCAUCGCCACCAAACACGCCAGCAACGCAGACAUAGAAAUCCACACGCUUUAAGGUUCCUUCAAGCCAAUCUAGGCAAAGGAUUCCAAGCUCAGCACGAAUUCUUCCAGUAUUUUCAUAACAACGACUACCAAAUCGCACUCAUAAACGAACCCUACACCGGCUCUGGAACCACUGUCACAAAUACUCACGGACACGACGUUUACCAGUACACCGAUGGCAGCCGUGUCAAAGCUUGCAUAGUGGUCAAAAAAGGAAACAUCUCUACUAUCGGAAUGAGGCAGCAUUCCAGCCCUAAUCUGUGCUCGAUCCGAAUCAACCUCAACGGUGCGAAAGUCUAUGUCACGUGCAUCUACCUCGAACCCCGGAUAAGCGGGGCGGCUGCGGCCGCACAAAACUGCAUCGUUGACCGAACACUCCGUGAUCUGGAGGAAUUUGUUCAAGCCAACCCUGACGCCGCUCACAUCAUCGGAGGGGAUCUCAACGGAUGGCACCCCAUGUGGGGCUCUCCUAGAGCUAACCGUCGAGGUAAUGAGAUCGCCGAGUUUAUAAUGACGUCCAACCUGAUUGUGUGCAACACGGGUGUCUCCCCCACCUUCGUCUCGACAACAUCCGGUGCAGUUCGAGAGUCAAUAAUAGACAUCACUCUGGCCUCUGGCCGGGCUGCGGACAGAAUAUCUAAUUGGAGGGUCAAUCCCGACGCAUGUCCAGCAUCAGACCAUCAUGCGGUGGAAUUCUUCUAUGAUGUCAACAAACGCGAUCUGAACCGCCAUGCAUAA